AUGAUAUAUUGGAAUAUAGAUACAAGUGAUGUAAAGCAUACAAUAAAAGAGGAAGAGGCUGUAGAGACUUCUGGCCUAAUUCCAAGAUUCAAUAGUAUUGGGUUCAUUAUAACCCCUCCUCCUAGUCCUAAUAGGCUUGCUAUCUUACUUACUUAAUUAUCUGGUGUUUAAGGUGUCUAGUGCCGCAGCCCAAAAGGGCCUAUGGCAAAACUGAUAACGUAGCGAGAGCCAUCUUGGCACGGGUCAGCCCCGUCCAAGCCUUCUAUCAACUCCUGCUUCACCAGCCCUGCUGCACGUCUCACCCGGCGCGUUGCCGUCGCCCUUGUCGCUCGACUCAGCUCCUGCGCGUGUUCCGCCUAAGGGUCAUCCUCCCGUGGGGAUGUGCUGAGAGGUAAAAGCCCGAAAUCUUGAGUGGACUGAGGAGUGGGUUCCUCUGGUUAUCCCCAGAGUUAAACCGCUAUUGCUGUCCAGAAGUUCUCGAGUGAAAACCUAACCCUAUAAAUAAAAUUCCAUGAGGGGAGAGAAAAUUAGCAAAGCUAAUUUCUCUCGAACCGAAUGCCAUUUUAUUUAUAAUAGGCUUGCUAUCAGUCCUGAAACCAUAGUAACAAAACUGACCAAAGUCGCAUUCUUUUUGUUCCAUUUGAUAUCAUUAGAGGGUAAAAUACCUACAAAGUCUUAAUUUUAUAAAUGUAUUUCUCGCCAUUGUUUAAAAAAAAUUCUGUAGAAAUCUCCUAUUUUUUUUUCCCAGCUCCCAUUAGAGUCAAAAUCAUAA